AGUUAAAAUAUUUGUUAUUUUAAACUUUAUAGCUAGUUUUUAAUGUUAAUGUAUUUUGACUGAGAUUUGUUGUUUGUAUUAUCCAAAUUUUUAAAUAGUCAUCUUUAAACUUAAUUUCCAUCAUCGACUUUAAUAAUGUGUUUCUUAGAAUAAUUCAAUCUGCUGUAAUUAAUACUGAACCUACUGGCAAUUAACAAAUAAACUUUAUGUUUAACAAUGUAUCCAGUGGAUAACCGAAAUAUUUGGAUUAAUAAUCAUGUCAAUAAUCCUAAUAGUCCAUACGAUUACAAACGUAAAAAGUUAAAGAAGGUUAUAAGAGAUAUGGUUUAUGAAAAUGCUGCCAUUUGUGAUGAAAUAUCGCUUACUCAAGAAAAAAUAUUAAUUGUGCGAGAAGAAUGCAAGUUUUUAACGAAGAAGUUAAAGAUAUUUGAACCUCAAUUAGAUACUUCUAUAGCUAGUGUAAACACAACUCAAGUAAAAAAGUCGACUCCAAGAAAAAAAGCAACUACCAAUGGUGUAACACCAAAGCCAAGACGUCCUGCUGCUAAACACAAAAAGAAUAUUAUAGAAGUUCAAGAACCAAUAACUAGUGGAAAUGUUACUAUUUACAACUUAGGAGAAAUUGUAUAUGAUACACCAUUUUAUUAUUCAGACUGUGCAAUCUAUCCGGCCGGAUAUUAUGCAUCAAGAACUUAUGCUCAUUUUAGAAAUAUAUUCUCUAAAUGUACUUAUCAUUGCAAAGUUAUAAAAGCUGGUUCAUCUCCAAGAUUUGAGAUCAUGGAUCAUGAUAAACAUUUCAAAGUCACUGGCUUGAGCACUGAUGAAUGCCAUAGUCAUCUUAUAUCAUUAAUUAAUAAAUUGCUGGGUGCUGAAGAUUUAAUACCUGCAAAUAGAAAUGGUGAUAGAUUUUUUGGAUUGACCUUACCUCCAGUUCGUAUGAAACUACAAGAAGCACCAGAAUCUAAAUUCUGUACAGGAUACAUUCCAUUAGAAUUGCAGCCAGACAAUCAUGAAUCCGAGUUAAAGGCUGAAAGUGAUCCUGCUGUGAGUUUUGAGGGUCUACAUAAUACAUUGAACAGAUUUCGAUCUAGACAUUAAAAAGUGUUCUUAUAAUACCAUUUUUAUACUUAAAUGUAUACUAAUAUGUGAUAAGUAAAUGUAAUUUUAUGAAACAAAUGUAUACUAUUAUAAUAAUUAUAUUAUUAAGAAUGAAAAAUGAAUUAGUUCAUAAUUUAUAUUGUAUGUUUAGUAUUUUCAACAAUAUAUUUUAACUAUCAGUCAAUUAAUAGUAAUAAACUAAUAAAUAACAAUUAGGGCUUGGAUUUAUAUGUAACAGUAUGGAUUUAUGCAACUUUGUUAAUAAUGUCUACAAAUGAUGAUAUAAACGGUAGUGUAAUUAUUACAUAUUUUGACUAUAUAAAUGCGAAAAUUCAUAGAACACCAUGUAAUUAUUUUGUGUAAUACAUUUGAAUAGUGUUAAUAGUUAAGAAAAUUAUUUAAUUCAAUUUAAAUGUUAACUACCUAUAAAUCCUAGCCUUAAAUUAAUAAUUAUAGUAAGAUAAAUGCUAUUAACACUGUCUUGCAUUGGUAUAAUGGUAUUGUCUGAAGAGUUAAUAUCAUUAAUAUAGUAAAAUAAAUUUAUUUAAUAGGAAUAUAAAAAUACAUAUCAUGCUUAGAGAUAUUGGUUGAUGAUUUUUUUUUUUUACUCUAAAUUGCUUUUUUUUAAUAAUGAUGUACUUAAAUUUAAUUCAAAUGUAAUGCAUCAAUGACAGUGACCCAUUUGACACAACCUUCUGUAUAGCAGAAAUGUAUACUACCCUUCUAAGCAAAAGUACUGUAACUCAAUAAAAAAAAAUGAAUUAGCUACGCCAUUUGAUAGUUUAUUUCAAAAAACCAGCUAAGGAAAAGAAAUGCAAUUUUUUGCAUUGAAUAACUUGGUAACUUAUUGUUAUUAUUACUUAUCUAAUAUUGUAAUUUUUUUAUUUUAAUUAUUUCUAAUAACUAGAUAGUUAAUUUUAUUUUUAUACUACUAUUUUUCUAAUUUUUUUGCCGGCCCCUGGUUUACUGUAAAGAAAAUAAUUAAGGUGUAAGAAAAUGAAAAAUACCUAACUACAUUUUUCUCAAAACUAAUAUAUUUGUUUUUACGACACGUUUGCUUAGCAAGGCAGUAGACUGAUAUUAACUUUUUCAAUAAUAAUUUUUAUAUUAUAAUUAUAAGUUAUAACUAUAAAGUUGAUAGAAUUAAUUUAUAGCUAAAUUAAAAUAUUAUUGUAAUAUCCUGAAAAUUCAACAUAUUUUUAGGGGCCAUAAGGCCUAGAAAAAUUGGCCCACAGUCAUAGAACUGUAAACUUGAGAAUGUUCAUAUAAAAAAAAAUUUAUUGACAUUUUCUAACGACUAAAAUUGUUAGUGUCUUUUUUUUAGUUUUUAAAUAAAAUAAAUUUCAAGUACAGCAACUAUAGGGAAAAGAUUCCAAAAUUUAUUUUAAAAUAAUAAUUAAUGUUUAAAAUUUAGUUUUUAACUUCCUGUAAUAAAUAUACUAUAUUAUAUAUAAGGUAUUAUGUAGGUAAGUAAUGCAAGAAUACAAAUUGUAUUAAACAAUUCAUGUAACUAAUAAAGAUUAAUUAAUUCUAAAUUCUAAAUUAUUUUUUUUUUAUUUAACAUUUUUAAGUAAUAAUAUAUAUUAAAUAGUUAGUAUUUUUAUUUUAUACAUAAAUUAUUAAGUAUUUUGCAUAUAAAUGUAUAAUUAACAAUGAUCUUAUGUCAAUAAUUUUAAAAAAUAAAAAUAGAAUUACAAAAUCUAUAUGAAAAAAAAAAAAAAUCAUGAAAAUUUACAGGCUGUAUGUUGCCAACUCCUGGUUUAGAUAAUUUAUAAAUGGCUAGACAGUGUUAAUAACUAUGGUAUUAUUUAUAUCUUAUGCUAAUUGUACCAACUAUCCAUGGAAUUAGUUAAAACUUUACAAAAUGUUAGAAAAUAUAUUUUUGUUAGUAGGGUUAAGUUAGAUGACUAAGUAGGAUAUUAAGACUCAAUUGUUUUGUGUGUGCGUGUGGAUUUUAUACAAUUUUUGUUAUAUAAUUUAAUAAUGUGUCAAAGUUAAAAUAUUUAUGUAAACAAUAAUGUGUUUAAGUUAGGUUAAUGUCACUGUAUUAUAUUCAUAAUACAUUAUCUUUCAUAAUAAAAACUUAAUAAACCUCGA